AUGGAUUUUCCACGAUUUGAUCUGCCUCCCGUGCCACUUUGGGCUAUUGCUGCUGCCGUCGCGGCUUUUGUACUGUCGUUAAUGAGGCUAGCCCGGACUCGUCAAGGUUGGUCAUCUUUCUGUUCCCAAUUGCACAGAAGAAACAAAACUAACAAUUACUUAGCAUGUAAAUUCACUCGGGAUAAUGGCUGCUUACCACCUCUGAACACCGUAUCCUACGGCCUUUUUGGUCUCGGCAUGGUGAGGGACAUGCUAGCUGCAGCCCGCAAGAAGACAUUGUGCGAGUUCAUUCGUAACUGGCAUCACAUAUACGGUACAACAUUCAAGGCCAAGAUGGCCGGCCGAAACGUCAUCUUCACUGUUGAACCUAGAAACGUUCAAACAGUCCUAGCACUCAAAUUCCAAGACUUCGAGCUGGGCAAAAUCCGGAAUACCGCCUUGCGUCCCCUCCUAGGACACGGUAUCUUCUGCACCGAUGGCAGCCGGUGGGAAAACUCCCGGGCUCUGCUUCGUCCCAAUUUUGUUCGCAAUCAGAUUGCCGACAUCGAGGUCUACGAGAAUCAUGUGGCCAAGCUAAUCAAACUCAUUCCUGGUGAUGACUCAACAGUAGAUCUGCAACCUCUAUUUUUCCGAAUGACGCUUGAUUCUGCUACGGAUUUUCUCUUCGGGGAGUCGGUGCAUACUCUUGAUGAAGUUACCUCUCAUUCGGCCGCAUCAUUUGCCAAUAACUUCAAUAUUUCUCAAGAAGGGCUGGCUAAACGCAGUCGACUGGGAACACUAAUGAUGUUCUACAAAGAUAGCAGGUUCUCCGAAGCAGUUAGAGAGGCUCGUUCUUAUGUCAACCGAUUUGUAGACAAAGCUAUCAACUACCGGAUACAACUCGAUAGCACCGAGGUUGAUGUCUGUGAGGAGGCUCGCAAAAUAAGCUCACAGCGAUAUGUGUUCUUACACGAGCUGUCAAAGCGAACACUCGACAAGAAUGAACUCACAGAUCAGUUACUUAAUAUAUUGUUGGCCGGCCGUGAUACAACCGCGAGUUUACUGAGUACCACGUUCUUCAUGUUGGCCAGACGACCGGACGUCUGGAACAAGCUCCAAAAAGAGAUAAAGAUUCUCAACGGUGAGAAACCUUCAUUUGGGGACCUAAAAGCUAUGAAAUACUUAACAUGGGUCUUGAAUGAGAGCCUACGCAUGUACCCUGUGGUCCCUAUAAAUGUGCGCAUGGCUAACAAAAACACCUACCUCCCCAUCGGAGGCGGUUUAGAUGGUAAAGCACCCAUCUUUGUUAAGGAAGGCCAUGAGAUUAUGUACAGUGUUUAUACCAUGCACAGACUGCCUGAAAUCUAUGGGCUCGAUGCAGACGAGUACCGACCAGAAAGGUGGGAGAGCCUCAAACCGGGAUGGGCAUACGCUCCAUUUAAUGGAGGCCCUCGUAUCUGCAUUGGGCAACAAUUUGCUCUUACUGAGGCUGGCUAUGCAAUAGCAAGGAUCUUGCAGCAGUUUGAUAGGAUCGAAAAUCGUGAUCCGAACACAUUUCAGGAGGCAUACACUCUGACUUUGGCAAGCGCCAAUGGAACGAAGGUUGCUAUGACGUCUGCCAAAAGUUCCUGA